UUCCAUUACAGAGCAUCCCAAAAAAAAAAAAAAAAUCCCACAAGUUCUUCGUUGCUCAGCUACUUCCCACUGCUCAAGAAGAGUUGGGUUUUGAUCAAAGUAGACACCCAAAUUGCGAAUUAUAAAAUUCACAGUGGAACAAUGGAUUUCUCCGUUUUGUUUUUCCCCAUCUUCGCGGCGGUUCUCUUCCUCUGCCUUUUCCGGUGCUCUUCCUCCGCCGUGGACCGCCGCCGCCGCCGCCACCACCGCCAAUCCCCGACGCUCCCCCUCCCUCCGGGGACAAUGGGUUGGCCUUACGUCGGCGAGACUUUCCAGCUCUAUUCCCAAGACCCCAAUGUGUUCUUCGCCACUAAACAGAGGAGGUACGGAUCGAUAUUCAAGUCCCAUAUAUUGGGAUGUCCAUGUGUGAUGAUCUCGAGCCCGGAAGCGGCGAAAUUCGUGCUGGUGACGAAGGCACAUCUGUUCAAACCCACUUUUCCGGCGAGUAAGGAGAGGAUGUUGGGGAAGCAAGCCAUCUUCUUCCACCAAGGAGAUUACCAUGCCAAGCUCCGGAAGCUUGUUCUCCGAGCUUUCAUGCCCGAAUCGAUCAAGUACAUGAUCUCCAACAUCGAAUCCAUCGCUCAGGACGCUCUCAAUUCUUGGGACGGAACAAUGAUCAACACCUACCAAGAAAUGAAGACAUACACAUUCAACGUUGCCCUGCUCUCCAUUUUCGGGAAGGACGAGGUACUGUACAGGGAAGACCUGAAACGGUGCUACUACAUUCUCGAGAAGGGGUACAAUUCGAUGCCGGUGAAUCUCCCGGGGACGCUGUUCCACAAAGCCAUGAAAGCCCGGAAGGAGCUCGCUCAGAUACUCGCUCGGAUCCUGUCGGAGAGGAGACAAAACGGCGCCGUACAGAGCAAAGACCUCCUCGGAUCGUUCAUGGGAGACAAAGAGGGGCUCACUGACGAACAGAUCGCCGACAACAUCAUCGGAGUUAUCUUCGCCGCAAGAGACACGACGGCGAGCGUGCUGACGUGGAUCCUCAAGUACCUGGCCGAGAACCCCACCGUUCUAGAAGCUGUCACCGAAGAGCAAAUGGCGAUCACAGAGGGCAAAGAAGGGAAAUCGGGUCUGGCUUGGGAAGAUACCAAGAAAAUGCCCAUAACUUCUGCGGUUAUCCAAGAGACGUUGCGAGUCGCUUCCAUCUUAUCUUUCACCUUUAGAGAAGCUGUUGAAGAUGUCGAGUACGAAGGGUAUUUGAUUCCCAAAGGAUGGAAAGUCUUGCCCUUGUUCAGAAAUAUCCACCACAACUCCCAAAUCUUUCCCGAUCCUGAAAAAUUCGAUCCGUCGAGAUUCAAGGUGGCAACAAAACCCAAUGCUUUCAUGCCAUUUGGCAAUGGGACCCACUCAUGUCCGGGGAAUGAGUUAGCCAAGCUCGAGAUAUCUAUUUUGAUUCAUCAUCUCACCACCAAGUACAGAUGGUCUAUUGUGGGCCCUAGCGACGGUGUGCAGUAUGGGCCCUUCGCUCUUCCGCAGAACGGGCUUCCCAUCGUAUUGGGCCGGAAGCCCUAAGUAUACAUCUAGAAUUACCAAAACGCCCCUCAGCCUUCACCCGAUUUGUGGAAGGAAACAUUUUCCUCGGCCAAUGGAAGAAAAACCCAAGAAGAUAAAGGAAGAAUUUACAACUUUUUUUUUUCUCCAAAAAAUUUUUGGUGAGAGGAGAAUACGGAAUAGCGAAAUCUCAAAUUCAAGUUUUCGUUAGGGAAUUUCCCAAAUGGGGAAAAGAAAGAAGAGGAAUAAUCAAGUGUAUAUAAAGUUACAAUUGUUAUUAUUUUUUUCAACUUAAAAAUGGACAUAUUUAUUAUGUUUAAAGUCCA